AUGCGCCUCUUCAAACUGAACCUUUCUCGAGGACAUAAAUUCAUCCCGUCCGCUGUAACCUUCGGUUUCUGCAUGGCCCGCAUAGUAGCCAAUAUCUUGCGAAUUGCUUGGGCAACACGACAGACGAACGUCAGGCUCGGCAUCGCUGCCAAUGUCUUUGUGGCGGCAGGCGUGCUUCUUUUGUUCAUCUUGAACCUACUCUACUGUCAACGGCUACUCCGUGCAAGCCAUCCUCGGCUUGGAUGGUCCCGAUCUAUGUCGUACUUCAUCAAGGCGCUAUAUAUCAUUAUCGCGGCAACUCUCGUCAUAGUUAUUACGGCUACCGUGCAAAGUUUCUACACCCUCAACGCCGACAUUCGCCGUAUAGACCGCAACUUGCAGCUUUACGGCGGUAGCUAUCUGACGUUUAUUUCGUUCCUGCCCCUUCCGAUACUUGCCUACGUCCAGCUAGCGCCACGAAAAGGUCGAGCUCAACCAGUUGAAUCCUUUGGGAAAGGUAGUUGGACCGCGAAGUGCCUAAUUGUAGGUACUGCAGGGGUGCUUCUCACGUUGGGCGCAGGGUUUCGCCUGGGGACAAGCGCGAUGCCACCACGACCGGUCUUCCACCCGGCGUGGUAUCAUCAUAAAGCAUGCUUUUACAUCUUCAAUUUUGGACUGGAAGCUAUCGUGGUUUAUUUGUUCCUCUUAGGCCGUGUUGAUCAGAGGUUUUACGUGCCGGAUGGGAGCUCAAAAGUGAGGAACUAUUCAGAGAAAAGGAAGGACGGCUACGCUGCAAGUUUAGGUGGGGAGAAGGUCCAAGAUGAAGAGGAAGUGUCUGAAUUUGCAAAAAAGCGAAACCCAGGUAAAUACAUUGAGGAGAAAAUAAUUGACGGCUGUUUAGAGCAGGAACCUGUGUGCGGUAUGUCGCCGAAUGGGUACUAA